AUGCCUAAACGACAAAAGGAAACCUCUAUCAACCACGGAAAUCGAACCAAGCAGAAGAAGGAGUGGGGAGACAAGUCUAUCAGUAGUUCCAAGGGCAAAAACGAUCAUCGCCGGAAAACUCUGGAAGAUGAGGAACUUCUGGAUGACGCAAUGCUAGGAACGGACGUGGGGACUCAACGUGUGGAGGAAGAGAAUCUUGAAGAAGUGUCGGACGUGGAAGUGGAGUCGGAGGUGAGGGAUCCUUAUCAGCAAUGGUUCGCUACACGAGUCGUAACAGAGAGCGAUAAAGCUUCGUUUGACAAAAUUCUGCAUGAUUUGGACGUGGUGAACGAUUUCCAAAUGAAAACGUUGAAUUUGGAUGAGAAAAUGCAGACAAAAGUCUCUGUGAAUGGCCUGGAUGAUUCUGUCGAUUACUCUACAGUCCAGUGUGAUGUCGCCCUAAAAGAGCGGAUUAAGGCGAAAAGUGAGCCAUACCUCGCCCAGCUCCGCGAGAACCAUCGUUUAUUCACUUUAUUCCAACAAUUGACGCACUAUCACGACAUUUUAUACACAUCCGGCAUCGAGCUGGGCCCCCCUUCCGACCACAACGAUCAGCUCAUCUCCGCUCUCAGCAUCCACAUGCUCAACCACAUCAUGAAGGCGAGCGACUUCGACCUCUCCCACACCAACACAAUCCGAGCGCAGAAGCGUCUCCUCAACGAGCAAACGCACGAGCGAAUCCUCCAGAAAGACGCUCUCAAGAAAGGCCUUCCCUACACUCCCAACCCGGACAUCGACCUCUCCGCGAAGAUCGAAAUCCCCACGUUCCAGGACCAGGGCUUCACGCGUCCCACCGUCCUCCUCCUCUGCCCCUAUCGCCACUACGCCUUCCACUUCGUCCACCGCAUUCUCUCCCUGCUGCCUCGCAAGAUCAACGUCUUCGGCAAGUCCAAGUUCGAUGAGGAGUUCGGCGAUGAUUCCGACCCCUCCGAGGCGCGCCAGCCCUACUGGAAAACCUAUUUCCCGGGCAAUAACGACGACUGCUUCCGCGUGGGCGUUUCAUUCCGCGGGAGCACGUUCCGCCUGUACACCGACUUCUACAACAGCGAUCUGAUCAUCGCCUCGCCGCUGUCGUUGAAGCAGAUCGAAACGCGUCAGGGCUGGGACUACUUAUCGUCGAUCGAAGUGCUCGUCGUGUACGGCGGCGAUAUGAUCGCGAUGCAGAACGUGGACCAUCUCCGCGGCGUGCUGGGCAACACAAACAGCCCGCUCGUGAAGAAUCGCAACACGGACUUCUCGCGGCUGCGCGAGAGCUAUCUCUGCGAGAUGCAGAAGUAUUGCAGACAGACCGUCUUCGUCAAUACCGCGCUCACCAGCCAGUUGCUGGCGCUCUUCCAUCGCGCCUGCUUCAACCCCAUCGUUGGCGAUCGCUUCGCUGGUGUUCUGCCCGUCUACGAAGGCGCCGUUUCCGACAUUCUCUCUCCGCCGCGCCAGUUGUUUCUGCGACUGCCCUGCGAUCAAGUCACCGACACGUCGACGGUGCGCGUGAAAUAUUUAGAGAACAACGUGCUGAAAGUGAUCAACAACCCCGCCUACAAGAAGAUUCUUCUCUACUGCGACAGCUACUUCGAGUAUGUCUACGUGAAGCGACUUCUCAUGGAAAACUGCGACGAGCGCGAAUGCGGAGUCAUCGACGAGUGGUUCCCCGCGGGGAGAUAUAUGACGGACGCGAGCAACUCGCGGAAUCGAAGCUAUUUCGAUAACGGGACGAUCCGCGUGCUGCUGUUUAGCGGGAGAUUUGAGUUCUUCCGACGCAUGCGGAUUUACAAUGCGCAGACCAUUUAUUUUGUGAGUCCUCCCUCCUAUCCGAACUUGUGGCGAGUUAUUGAAGAGAAUAAGAUCUAUAGCGAUUUUGUGAAUAAUAUGAAAAAUGGAGAAAAGGAGGGAAAAGAACUCAGUGUCGGAGUGACCGUCCUGGAGGAGGAGGAGGAACGAGGUAAGAAGUAG